AGCUGGGCUCAAGAGGCGCCCGUUAAUCACUAUUUUCACGUAGGAUACGGCGCUCUUGCGCCACGUUUCACCCCGUCUCGACUCCUCCGUUGACCGUUGGGGUUGUGCGGUGGCCACUCGACGGCAGCCCGGGUGAGUCCUGAGGUCAAAAGCCAUGGCUGCAGUGUCCCCUGCACCGGCCAGAACUACGGUGAAGCGCGCCAAGCCCCCGAAGGUUUUCACGCUUCAGCAGCUGUGCUCUCGGUUCGGGGACGACUUCACUUCAGCCAACAACUCGCCGACGUCGCCUCAUUUUCCCCGUGCGCACUCAUCCAAAGGCUCUCGGGAGCACGCCUCCUCGGCAACGGAUUUCGACCGCUCCAGGGCCCCCUCGGCCACGGAUUUGGACAGAUGGCUGAUGAAUGCCUUCGAGGCGCAGCGGCGCGCCGUGCAAGAGGCCUUAACUACUCACCAGAACCUUAUGAUGCAGAAGCUCCUCGGAAUGUCGGAGCAGGAGAUUGCCAGGGCCAGCUCGAUGCCAAACACCGUGGUGAGCGUGCCCAUGCCCCGCAGCGUGACCCCGAAGUUGGACCAGAGCAAGAGGAAGCUCCACCCGGUGGAGCCGCAAGCGCCGCCUUUGCCCCCAAUGCCUCCCCUGCCCAACCAGUUGAGCGAGGACGGUGCAGCAGCCGAAGCCGACCUGGGCAGCGGUGCAAGGCUGAAGCCGAUAAGCCCGGUGAGCCUCCAUGCAGACAGCGAGGACGAUCUGCCAAUAGAAGAACCUGAGCUGUCCGGUCAGAGCCAAGCACCCGCGACGCCCGUGGGACACAGGAACAGUGUCAGUGGGGGGGCCGCAAGUCGAACCGAGAACAAGCUCGCCUUUCGCAGGGCGGAGGAUCUCUUGGACCAGCUGAAGAUGCCAUUUUGGCACCCAGGACGACUUGUUAGAACAACCCAGUUUGAUGCCUUCAUUUGCGCUGUCAUCAUGCUGAACACCCUAGUGAUGGCCUUUGAAUCGCAGUACCUGGGCCUCCAGCGGGGCUACGACCUGGGCUUCCCCCGCUUCACCUUGCCCGCGAGCGAGGAGUGGCCCAUGGCCGACCUUGCAUUCUACAUGAUGGACUACGUCUUCGGGGUCAUCUACUUCAUAGAGAUUUGGAUUAAGAUCUUCGGGCUAAAGAUGCGCUUCUGCCAGGACCCCUGGAAUUACUUCGACACCUCCUUAGUGCUCUUCUGGAUCGCGGAGAAAGUGUUGAGCGCGUACGAUGCCGUCCUGGAUCAAGGCUUGCUUCGAGUGCUCCGAAUGGGACGCGUCCUGCGGCUCCUUCGGCUGGUGAAGACGAUCCAGGGAUUCGACGCACUGUAUAUCAUGACGACAGCUAUGCAGGGCAGUGUCACGGUGCUGUUCUGGUCCUUUGUGUUGUUGAUGGUGGUGCAGACGUUGAUCGCCUUCACAUUGAACCAAGCCCUCGAUGCCUACUUCAAGGACAAGUCGAAACCUGUGCAUCAGCAACAUCAAGUCUUUGAGUAUUUUGGGACCACUGGCCGCGCCAUGUUCACUAUGUUCGAGCUGACCCUUGCGAACUGGCCGACGGCAGCACGCAUCCUACAGGAGAACGUCACUGAGUACUAUGGGGUGUUUUCGGUGGCUUACAAGCUGGUCAUCGGCUUUGCAGCGGUGGGGAUCAUCAACGCCGUCUUUAUGCAAGAAACCUUUAAGGUCGCCGCCUCCGAUGAUAAGCUCAUGAUGCGCCAGAAGGAAAGAGACCGCAUGCUCCAUACCAAGAAGAUGCGAACUUUGUUCGCAGCAGCGGAUGAAUCCGGAGAUGGCUUUUUGGACCAGGAGGAGUUCCGCGAGAUUAUGACCAGUCCGGACAUCAGGACUUGGCUGGCCGCGCAAGAACUUCCCAUCAGAGAUCCGGACGUGCUGUGGAAGCUCUUGGAUGAUGGAGAUGCUGAAUUGACAGCUGAUGAGCUAGUGGUGGGUGUGGAGCGCCUCAAAGGCACUGCCAAAGGCAUUGACCUUGCAGCCUUCAUCAUGGAGCAACGUGAGUUCCAGGAGAAAGUGUGCGAGAAGCUGGGAAUUUUAGAGGAAUCAAAGGAGGAGGGCGAGAAUGAUGGCUAAGGGUCCAGGUGCUGCCUCAAGGCACACGCUGAAGCGCUUGCAUGAGUAGAGACUGACCUGUUUGCAUCCACAGAAAACAGCCGCCGGCGCGGCGCGCUCUCGGCCGCCUGCCUCUCUUUAGGAAGC